AUGGGAAAUGCCUCUGAAACGUCUUUGUUCGCUGACACAUCUUUAUUCCUUUCCACCAUCUCUAAAGAACAUGACAUCCUGAUGGGGACCAUCUAUGCCAUAUUUGGUGAGUCUUUCUCCUGGUGUGUUUACAUAACACUGGGGAUCAUAGUUGUGCUCCGAGUUCAGUUGUGGAAAAAUAACUUUAAAGAUAUACAAAGAUAAAAGUCUUACAAGAGGGAUCGCAAAACAAUGGCUUUCAUUGAAUUGCUUUUGUCCAGUAUUGGUAGUGUUUUUUUCUUGAUUUACUGGAUGCCUUGAAGCUCUCUACAGUAUGUGCACUCUGCCAUUUUACUUUUCAGUCUUGUUAAAAUUCUAACUGUGUGUCUCAGGUGUUUUCUCACUGGUUGGGAAUGGAAUAUUGCUGUUUGUGGCCUAUCGGAAGAAGUCCUCCCUGAAGCCAACUGAGUUCUUUGUUAUAAACCUCUCCGUCAGCGACCUCGGAAUGACAAUCUCUCUCUUCCCCAUGGCCAUCUCAUCAGCCUUCGCACAUAAGUGAGUUUCCACACUCCUUUACUAUCCUCUCCUCUGCUCAUCAACACUUACUUCUCUCAUCUCCUGCCCCUUCCCCUUUCUCUCUCUCCCUCCCUUCUUGAGGUUAUUCAGUGUAUGUGUGCUGAUUUGUUUUGCCAUGCCCUCCUUCCUUGUAAUGCCUCAGGCCUUCACAAAUGUAGACAGACAGACAGAGGGAGAGAGAAUAUAAAAACGUGAAAUAAAAAGGUCACCUGUGUGACACAACUGUUUUAAUAGUCAUAAAUAUAUAUUUCCCCUCUCUCUUGUACUCCAGGUAGUAUCAGCCAUGUGGGGCCUCAGGUUCAGACACAGAAAAAGUGAGAGAAAUGGUCUCUGAAUAUCUAUCGGAUAAAUGAUUAGUCUCUCUCUCUCUCUCUCUAUCUUUCUCUCUCCAGGUGGCUGUUCAGUGAGGUUACAUGUAUGAGCUAUGCCUUCUGUGGGGUUUUGUUUGGACUCGCCAGUCUCACCAACCUCACAGUGUUGUCAUCUGUGUGCUGGCUCAAGGUCUGCUGUCCCAACUAUGGUAAGACAAUGCAAAACCUUGACCUCUAACCCUGAUCCUUGAUCUCUAACCCUAACUUCGAUCCCUAACACUUACCCUAACAUUGACUGACUCCAGCCCCUCUAGCACACCUUUCAGUGCAUUGGGAUGGUUGGAGUUGGGACUGACAAAUAGACUCUGAAAAUGUAGUAGCACUAACCUGCACACUGUCUUUCAGAUUUGUACUUUCCUCCCAGACACCCAAGCCUCAGGAACAGUUUUAGUAGGUUUGGAGGUAGGGAGGGGUUAGGCCACAUUGCCAGCAUCUCCAAAGCUGGAUAGACUGGCAGAAUGGAGUGCAACCAAGAGGGUAAGGGUCAUACGUUAAAGGUUAGAGUUCCCUAAAUGAUCUGCUAUUGUGCAAAAGUUCAACUAAUCUCCAAAGUAGGAACUAAUUAACAGAGUUAAAGUGGAGAGGGGGAAGGAUGAUUCAAAGACACUCUUCAGACAUGUCACUUUGGGACACUGAGAAACCUAUUUACUGGGUGAAGCCAUUAAGUCAGCGAGCAUCCACAUGCAUUAGCAGCUAAUUAGAAUGUAUUUGACCGUGCAUGUGCAUGCUGAUAUUACAGAGGGGUGUUAGGAUAAUAAGGUCUGGCUAAUCACUAGUGAUUACUGUUCCGUAUUACAACUGUAGGGAUUAACUUUCAAUUCUCAGAGACAGACAGAUGGACACAAUGCUGAUCUAGCUUUGUCUGGUUGGCAGACAUAGCCUGCGUUUACACAGACAGCCCAAUUCAGAUAUUUUUUGACCAAUCACAUCAGAUCUUUCACAUCAGAUCUUUUUCAGAGCUGAUCUGAUUGGUCAAAAUACUAAUUAGUGAAAAGAAGAUCAGAAUACAGAUGUCUUUCAUACAGGUAACAAACUGAGAUUAGGAGCACUCCCUUUAAGAGUGUGCUCCUAAUAUCAGCUCGUUACCUGUAUAAAAGACACCUGGGAGCCAGAAAUCGUUCUGAUUGAGAGGGGGUCAAAUACUUAUUUCCCUCAUUAAAAUGCAAAUCAAUUUAUAACAUUUUUGACAUGCGUUUUUCUGAAUUUUGUUGUUGUUAUUCUGUCUCUCACUGUUCAAAUAAACCUACCAUUAAAAUUAUAGACUGAUCAUGUCUUUGUCAGUGGGCAAAAGUACAAAUCAGCAGGGGAUCAAAUACUUUUUUCCCUCACUGUACACAUACACUGAUGUAAUGGAUGGUGCGAAGAACAAUUAGAGGUACAAAAUGUACAAAAAAGAGGAUUGAAGGGCAUUAGUAGUGUGCUACGUUGUCGUUUCUUUUCAGCUUUGAGAGAAAGUAGUGUGAGUGUGAGUACACUAGAGUUGGAGCUUGAAAUUAAUCUACUAAAUAUAUAUAUUUAUGAUCAGCUUUUCUUCCCCCUCGUUUAGUAUGUCUGUGCGCACACGUGUGUGUGUGUUAUUGCAGAAAUUAGUCUGAGGAGUAGAUCCACUAAUGAGUAGGAUUAAUCUUUGUGCCACUCAAGCCUCUAAAGAUCUGCUUAGGCAAUUACAAACACCUGCGCACACAUACAAAACGAGGGGGGGUAGAAAAGCUGACGAUAACUUUUUUUUUUUAAACAUCCCCACAGCAUGAUGCUGCCACCACCAUGCUUCACUGUGGUGAUGGUGUUCUCGGGGUGAUGAGAGGUGUUGGGUUUAUGCCAGACAUAGCGUUUUCCUUGAUGGCCAAAAAGCUCAAUUUUAGUCUCAUCUGACCAGAGUACCUUCUUCCAUAUGUUGGGUGAGUCUCCCACAUGCCUUUUGGUGAACACCAAACGUGUUUGCUUAUUUUUUUCUUUAAACAAUGGCUUUUUUUCUGGCCACUCUUCGGUAAUGCCCAACUCUGUGGAGUGUACGGCUUAAAGUGGUCCUAUGGAGAGAUACUCCAAUCUCCGCUGUGGAGCUUUGCAGCUCCUUCAGGGUUAUCUUUGGUCUAUUUGUUGCCUCUCUGAUUAAUGCCCUCCUUGCCUGGUCCGUGAGUUUUGGUGGGCGGCCCUCUCUUGGCAGGUUUGUUGUGGUGCCAUAUUCUUUCCAUUUUUUAAUAAUGGAUUUAAUGGUGCUCUGUGGGAUGUUCAAAGUUUCUGAUAUUUUUCUAUAACCCAACCCUGAUAUGUACUUCUCCACAACUUUGUCCCUGACCUGUUUGGAGAGCUCCUUGGUUUUCAUGGUGCUGCUUGCUUAGUGGUGUUGUAGACUCUGGGGCCUUUCAGAACAGGUGUAUAUAUACUGAGAUCAUGUGACAGAUCAUGUGACACUUAGAUUGCACACCGGUGGACUUUAUUUAACUAAUUAUGUGACUUCUGAAGGUAAUUGGUUGCACCAGAUCUUAUUUAGUGAUUUCAUAGAAAGGGGGUGAAUACAUAUGCACGCACCACUUUUCCGUAAUUGAUUUUUUUGAAUGUUUUAAAACAUUUAAUUUUUUUCAUUUCACUUCACCAAUUUUGACUAUUUUGUGUAUGUCCAUUACAUGAAAUCCAAAUAAAAAUACUUAAAUUACAGGUUGUAAUGCAACAAAAUAGGAAAAACGCCAAGGGGGAUGAAUACUUUUGCAAAGCACUGUAUCUGGAGUCCCUGAUACUUGGUUAAAGAGUCAGGGGAUGUCUCACUGUUUGGAUGUCAUGCUCCAGUUAACUGAGUGAGUGGAACUAAUAAACAAAGGUAGUAAUGGAAGUCAGAGCAGUGUUUUAAAGAGUUAUACAAACUAUUUAGUGUGUGUGUGUGUGUGUUUGUGUGUGUGUUUGUGUGUGUGUGUGUUUGUGUCAGUGUGCAUGUGUGUGUGUACUCUUGAGAGAGUGGAAGUCUGCACUGAAGCUCUGGAGACUGCCGACUGCACGAAUAACACCGUUUGAAGUGCAGAUGAGCACAGAUAAUGAUGUGUUUAAAAGAGUCGGUCCGAAAGAACCUGGUACAAAUAUAACACACAAACACACACAAUAAGGAUAGCGUAAAGUGGGGAACCAAAAUGAGCAGAGAUCAGAGUGUUAAGUAGUGAUUACAGUAGCAGUAAAAGUCACAGAGGAUUGGAAGGUUUCCAGAGGAGCAACACUGGAAGGAGGAUCAGAGUCAUGAACUGAUGACACGUUUACUACAGAACACUGGUGUCAGAUAAUUACACUGAGCUCCACACGGAUUAUAUCAGCAAGAAAGACUACAACACUGCAGAGCAGGUGUCAUAAGAUACAGCAAAUGGAGGCAGGCUAGGACUGGCAUCCCACCACCUCAUCUGUCCUGCUCAAGGAGGGACAACAAUGUCAGAAAGGUAGUGUGGGGCAGACGGUGAGGUAUUAUUGAAAUUUCAAGGAAUACUUGAGGAUGAUAUUACUGCUUUAUUCCAGUAUUCUUACUUUCAAAUUAAAAUAGGGAUAUCUAUUCCAAUAAAUGGCCCCUGGUUGGAUGAUACAGAUGGUUCCAGGUUUUGACUAGCUGGGAUACAGCUUAUGUCAGGAUUGACCAGAAUUGACAUUUCGUAGCAGGUUAGCAGAACUUACGCAGCAGGUUAGGAGAAUGAACAUACAGUUGAAGUCGGAGGUUUACGUACACCUUAGCCAAAUACAUUUAAACUCUGUUUUUCACAAUUCCUGAAAUUUAUUCCUAGUAAAAAUUCCCUGUUUUAUGUCAGUUAGGAUCACCACUUUAUUUUAAGAACGUGAAAUGUCAGAAUAAUAGUAGAGAGAAUUAUUUAUUUCAGCUUUUAUUUAUUUCAUCUCAUUCCCAGUGGGUCAGAAGUUAACAUACACUCAAUUAGUAUUUGGUAGCAUUGCCUUUAAAUUGUUUAACUUGGGUCAAACGUUUUGGGUAGCCUUCCACAAGCUUCCCACAAUAAGUUGGGUGAAUUUUGGCCCAUUCCUCCUGACAGAGCUGGUGUAACUGAGUCAGAUUUGUAGGCCUCCUUGCUCGCACACGCUUUUUCAGUUUUUCCCACAAAUGUUCUAUAGGAUUGAGGUCAGGGCUUUGUGAAGGCCACUCCAAUACCUUGACUUUGUUGUCCUUAAGCCAUUUUGCCACAACUUUGGAAGUAUGCUUGGGUCAUUGUCCAUUUGGAAGACCCAUUUGCGACCAAGCUUUAACUUCCUGACUGAUGUCUUGAGAUGUUGCUUCAAUAUAUCCACACAAUUUUCCUUCCUAAUGAUGCCAUCUAUUUUGUGAAGUGCACCAGUCCCUCCUGCAGCAAAGCACCCCCAUAGCAUGAUGCUGCCACCCCCGUGCUUCACGGUUGGGAUGGUGUUCUUCGGCUUGCAAGCAACCCCCUUUUUCCUCCAAACAUAACGAUGGUCAUUAUGGCCAAACAGUUCUAUUUUUGUUUCAUCAGACCAGAGGACAUUUCUCCAAAAAGUACGGUCUUUGUCCCCAUGUGCAGUUGCAAACCUAGUCUGGCUUUUUAAUGGCGGUUUUGGAGCAUUGGCUUCUUCCUUGUCGAUAUAGGACUCGUUUUACUGUGGAUAUAGAUACUUUUGUACCUGUUUCCUCCAGCAUCUUCACAAGGUCCUUUGCUGUUGUUCUGGGAUUGAUUUGCACUUUUCGCACCAAAGUACGUUAAUCUCUAGGAGACAGAACGUGUCUCCUUCCUGAGCGGUAUGACGGCUGCGUGGUCCCAUGGUGUUUAUACUUGCGUACUAUUGUUUGUACAGAUGAACGUGGUACCUUCAGGCGUUUGGAAAUUGCUCCCAAGGAUGAACCAGACUUGUGGAGGUCUACAAUUUGUUUUAUGAGGUCUUGGCUGAUUUCUUUUGAUUUUCCCAUGAUGUCAAGCAAAGAGGCACUGAGCUUGAAGGUAGGCCUUGAAAUACAUCCACAGGUACACCUCCAAAUGACUCAAAUGAUGUCAAUUAACCUAUCAGAAGCUUCUAAAGCCAUGACAUCAUUUUCUGGAAUUUUCCAAGCUGUUUAAAUGCAUAGUCAACUUAGUUCAUGAAAACUUCUGACCCAUUGUAAUACAGUGAAUUAUAAGUGAAAUAAUCUGUCUGUAAACAAUUGUUGGAAAAAUUACAUGUGUCAUGCACAAAGUAGAUGCACUAACCGACUUACCAAAACUACAGUUUGUUAACAAGAAAUUUGUAGAGUGGUUGAAAAACGAGUUUUAAUGACUCCAAUCUAAGUGUAUGUAAACUUCCGACUUCAACUGUAGCAGGUUAGGAGACUUAGGUUAAGGUUAGGAAAAUGGUUAGGGUUAGCUAAAAUGCAAAAACUAAAUUCAACUUGAACCAGGCACUAACUAGGCACUCCGGUCUCUGACUGAUGUGUGGUGACCUCACGUGUGCCUGUGGAUCUGUGCAUUGAAAGUCAUCAGAUCGCGAUGUUUUGUUUUAUACUGAAACUGUCACGAUUCCACUCUGUAUUGUCCCUAAGACCAUUCUAAUCUUCUCUCUCUCUGUAACACACACGCACAGGCACACAAACACACACACACUCCCAGCUCCCAGAUACAUCCUUUACAACAACUAUCCCCAGCCUUCCUGUCAUUAGGUGCCCUAGGAGAUGGGUUUCGCUGGGUGUUUUAACCACCCAUUAAGGGCUCUUUCCAGGGAUCCAUCAGCUCUGAGGCCCUGGCCAUCUGAUGGAUUUCCAUAAAGCACACAGGUUAAGGUCAGGAUGGUUAAAGACAGGUCAAAUGGGUGAAUAGAAAGAAAAAAAGAGUCAAUGCCUGUUUCCCCUCAGGGGUAAUUUUAGGUAGCCAUCCAUUCCUACACAGAGCACUAAACCAUCUUAAAGGAGUCUUUCAAUCACAGGUUGUUACACAUGGUCUUACAUCAGAAAAGGUCCUCAGUUGAGCCUUAACUCAAUGCCUAUUGGUUUAAGCUUUUGCAGAUUGUGUUACAGCCCACUACUGAUACUGAGUGUAUUGCAUAACUGCAGUGCAAUUUUCUUUUCCAUAAUCAAGGGUUGACUGUAUGCUUUAAGAUAUGUCUGCAGGACGUCUUCCCAACUGAGUAUAGUAGAUAGCACCCAUUUAUUUAGAUGGAGGGAGUGGGGGAGUUGAAUAGACUGAUAGAGUGUCUGAGAAAGAGAGAGAGGGGGAGAGAUGAGAGAGAAUGAGAUCAGAGUGGGUGCAUGUUUGGGUUUUUGCCCUAGCACUACACAGCUGAUUGAAAUUACCAACUCAUCAUCAAGCUUUGAUUAUUUUAAUCAGCUGUGGAAUGCUAGGGCAAAAACCAAAACGUGCACCCAGGGGGGCACCAGGACCGAGUUUGGGAAACCCUGCUAUAGACUAAUUGCUCAGUACGCUUUGCUGUUAUUCAAUAUAUUAUCUGAACACCACUGGUGCUGCUUCCAAGUAAAAAAAAGUGAGUGUUAAAAUGUUUUAUUAACAUUAGGAAAGGUUUUGAGGUACACCUGAGAGUUCCUCAAAACCACUGGGGUAGAUAAGACUCUCUCUCUCUCUCUCUCUCUCUCUCUCUGUCUCUCUCUCUCUCUCGCUCUCUCUCUCUGUCUGUCUCUCGCUCUCUCUCUCUCAUUCUCUCUCUCUCUCUCUCUCUCUCUAUCUCUCAUCUAUCUAUCUCUCUCUACUCCUCUCUCUCUCUCUCGAUCUCUCUCUCUCUCUCUCUCUCUCUCUCUCUCUCUCUCUCUCUCUCUCUCUCUCAAUUUCAAUUUCAAUUUAAGGGCUUUAUUGGCAUGGGAAACGUGUGUUAACAUUGCCAAAGCAAGUGAAGUAGAUAGUAAACAAAAGUGAAAUAAACAAUAAAUAUUAACAGUAAACAUUACACUCAGAAGUUUUCAAAAGAAUAAAGACAUUUCAAAUGUCAUAUUAUGUAUAUAUACAGUGUUGUAACAAUGUGAACAAAUAGUAAAGUACAAUGGAAAAUAAAUAAACAUAAAUAUGGGUUGUAUUUACAAUGGUGUUUGUUCUUCACUGGUUGCCCUUUUCUUGUGGCAACAGGUCACAAAUCUUGCAGCUGUGAUGGCACACUGUGGUUUUUCACCCAGUAGAUAAGGGAGUUUAUCAAAAUUGGGUUUGUUUUCGAAUUCUUUGUGGAUCGCUGUAAUCUGAGGGAAAUAUGUGUCUCUAAUAUGGUCAUACAUUUGGCAGGAGGUUAGGAAGUGCAGCUCAGUUUCCACCUCAUUUUGUGGGCAGUGUGCACAUAGCCUGUCUUCUCUUGAGAGCCAGGUCUGCCUACGGCGGCCUUUCUCAAUAGCAAGGCUAUGCUCACUGAGUCUGUACAUAGUCAAAGCUUUCCUUAAGUUUGGGUCAGUCACAGUGGUCAAGUAUUCUGCCACUGUGUACUCUCUGUUUAGGGCCAAAUAGCAUUCUAGUUUGCUCUGUUUUUUUUGUUUGUUCUUUCCAAUGUGUCAAGUAAUUCUCUUUUUGUUUUCUCAUGAUUUGGUUGGGUCUAGUUGUGUUGUUGUUGUUGUUGUCCUGGGGCUGCGUGGGGUCUGUUUGUGUUUGUGAACAGAGCCCCAGGACAAGCUUACUUAGGGGACUCUUCUCCAAAUAAUAAUAAUAAUAAUAAUAAUAAUAAAUAAUAAUAAUCUCUCCAAGUUAAUCUCUCUGUAGGUGAUGGCUUUGUUAUGGAAGGUUUGGGAAUCGCUUCCUUUUAAGUGGUUAUAGAAUUUAACAGCUCUUUUCUGGAUUUUUGAUAAUUAGCGGGGUAUUGGCCUAAUUCUGCUCUGCAUGCAUUAUUUGGUGUUUUACGUUGUACACGGAGGAUGUUUUUGCAGAAUUCUGCAUGCAGAGUCUCAAUUUGGUGUUUGUCCCAUUUUGUGAAUUCUUGGUUGGUGAGCGGACCCCAGACCUCAGAACCAUAAAGGGCAAUGGGUUCUAUAACUGAUUCAAGUAUUUUUAGCCAGAUCCUAAUUGGUAUGUCAAAUUUUAUGUUCCUUUUUGAUGGCAUAGAAGGCCCUUCUUGCCUUGUCUCUCAGAUCGUUCACGCUUUGUGGAAGUACUGUGGCGCUGAUGUUUAGGCCGAGGUAUGUAUAGUUUUUUGUUGCUUUGGGACAACGGUUGUGUCUAGAUGGAAUUUUGUAUUGUGGUCCUGGCAAUGGACCUUCUUUGGAACACCAUUUUUUUUGUCUUACUGAGAUUUACGUCAGGGCCCAGGUCUGACAGAAUCUGUGCAGAAGAUCUAGGUGCUGUUUUGUAGGCCCACCUUUGGUUGGUGACAGAAGCACCAGAUCGUCAGCAAACAGAAGACAUUUGACUUCAGAUUCUAGUAGGGUGAGGAGGGGGAUGGCAGACGUCUGGAUGGUGUGGCUUGUAGAGACCGUCUAGAGGAUGGUAUCGUUCUCUCUAGAUCUGGCUCUCUGCUCUCUCAUUCUCAACGACGCCAAUAGCACGCUAGACAAGAGACGAGCGAGAGCAGGGGGAGCGCGAAUUCUCUAAUCUCUACUCCUUCUCUCCUCUCUCAUGCUCUCUCUCUCUCUCUCUUCUCUGCUUCUCUUCUCUCUCUAUUCUCUCUCUCUCUCUCUCUCUCUCUCUCUCUUUCUCGCUCCCCUCUCUCUCUCUCUCUCUCAUGGAAAAAUGUACACACCGAUGAACAUGCUUCAGUAAACAUGCUUCAGUAAUUAAUUAUCCAUCUGCCGCAGGUGACAAAUGUGCAGAACCAUCAAAUAGGCUUCCUAGUCUACGCAAGCACUAGGCUUUGUUCACAAACAGUUCUAAAUUCUUCUCAUCACGUGUUUGAAAUGUGCAGCCCUUAUUGUGGUUUAUGACAUGUAAGAGACAUGUAAGAGAGUGAGAAAGAAAUAAACAGUAUACUGUAUAUUUCUGGUGAAGCUUAGCUCCUGGGGUGAGUGUGUUAUUCUGAUCCCAGUCCACAGGGAUGGUGAUAUUGGUAAGGUUUCUUAAAAUGGAGUUAUAUUCUAUAGCCCCGGAGUGUGAAGAUUGGGGAGAGAGGAUUGAUAAUAGUGUAUUCACGUACACAAACAGGCACACACCAACACACACACACACACACACACACUUAGGCGCUCCAGCUAAGCCGGUAUGGUGCUAAUCUCUCCACACGAGGGAGCGUAUUUAUAUUUUGCUUCCUGUAGAUAUAUAAAUGCAUAUAUUUGUGUCUCUACGGAAACAUGUGCUUACCCGCUGUUUCUGAACAUGCUCGAGGUCAUGUUAAGAGAUACGCGUGUGAGGGAAUGAGAGAACACGUGAAUGUGUCAUCACGUUCAUCCUUGGCUUUCUGUAUGUAUGUUUGCCCGCUAGGAUUAUUUAAGACGGCUAAAUUCCUGUAAAACCAACUAAAAUACAAUUAUUUUCAAACUGAUGAGAUGUGAAAGCCUGCUAACUUCCAGUGAAUAAUAUUUUGUGUUUCUGGGAUUGUUAGUCAUUCACAAUUAUGCUUUGAUCCUAAGACUGUAAUUUUCUCUUGGCCAUUUAGAAUAUAUUAGGUAUUCUAAAUGGCCAAAGGAAAAUACACACUUUGUUUACUAAACUGAGAUGUAAUUAACAUUGACAUCAAUGUUGCUUUCUCUCCUCUUCCCUGUAUCUAAUUUGUCUCCUCUAAUCUCUCCUCAAACUAAUUUGCCAAAUCAGGUAACAUAUUCUGUCGUUCUCUUCCCUCAUCUUCCCCACCUCUCUCUCUCCCUUCCUCCUCUUCCUCACCUCCCUCUCUCCCUUCCUCCUCUUCCUCACCUCCCUCUCUCCCUUCCUCCUCUUCCUCACCUCCCUCUCUCCCUUCCUCUUCUUCCUCACCUCCUCCCCUACUUCCAUUACAGCAUCAGGUAACAAUGCCCCCCCAUGAUAUUACAUGUUCUCUCUCCCACUCCCACUCCUCCGCCUCCCAUCCCUCAUCCCAUUCAUUAAUAACCCCCUCCCUGUCUCCCCUUCUUCUCUCCCUCUCCCCCAUCCCCCCUUUCCUCCCACAGGUAACAGGUUCUCGUCCUGCCAUGCCUAUCUCUUAAUAGCAGCGGUGUGGUGCUAUGCUCUAAUCUUUGCCAUCGGGCCUCUGACUGGCUGGGGCCGGUAUGGUUCUGAGCCCUACGGUACAGCCUGCUGUAUCGACUGGUAUGCCCCCAGCCACAGCAGAGCUGCCAUGAGCUACAUCAUCUUCCUCUUCCUCUUCUGCUACAUCGUCCCCUGCAUCAUCAUCUUCCUCUCCUAUGUCUUCAUCCUGCUGACUGUCAAGGGGUCACGCCAGGCGGUGCAGCAGCACAUAUCCCCACAGAACAAGGUCACCAACGCACAUACACUCAUCGUCAAGGUAUGCACUGUCACACACACUCUCAUGGUCAAGAUACACACUCUCUCUCACAGACACACACACACUCAUCGGUAAGGUAUGCACUCUCACACACUCACGCUUAUCGUCAAGGUACGCUCUGUCACACACUCAUCGUCAAGGUACGCCCAGGUAAGGCCAAAAUGUUAGAAAUAUGCCAACUUUGAUUGGUUAUUUCUCAAUUAUGCUUUUAGAUGUCAAUUAUACUGUAUGUCAACAAUCUUUCCUCCACAGGAUCAUUCAAUAGAUUACAUUUUGAGAAAAUCCCCCAAAUCAUGGUCUUUUUUUGAUUGCCAACACACACACACACACACACACACACACACACACACACACACACACACACACACACACACACACACACACACACACACACACACACACACACACACACAGACACUCAAACACACUCAAUGUCAAGGUACACACUGUCACACACACACUUAAAUACUAGUUGCGCAAACACACACACUACAAUACACAUGUUGGAAACUGUAGCAGCACAUUUUCCUAACAUAAAUGCUGCUUUACGUAUAGGUUUUAAAGGGUUUCAAGUUGUGAUUCGUUAUUAGAUCAAAGGGGUUUUGAGUACACCCCAAUCAUCAACUUGGGGGAGUUGUAUACAGUUUGCUUUGUUUCACUCCUUCAUAUAUUAAAGUUUGAACUCUGAGCUAAUUUGUUGGAACACCAGGGACGUGAGUGGGAGUGGAGAGUUUUAAACGUCUGAUUUCAUCCAAUAAACUCAUCCACAUUUUAUAAAUCUAUAAAUAUUGAUAUGAAAAGUUUCUAACCAUGUUGUAUUUAGAAAAGGUUGGGACAUUAAGGUUUGAAAGUAGGAGGUUUAAUCCAUUAGUAGGUCAAUGUAUCAUUCGGUGGUCAAUACACACCCUCAUCAUUAUGAUAAGAGAGAAGUUGUCCUCUUUGACUUUGAUUUUGUUCUAAGUAUUAGUUUAAAGUAUUGUCACAUGGGUGGUGGAGAGGGUUUGAAACUUGUAUUUUGACCUAAUAAACUACUAUAUGUGCACACCUGUAUGUCUAUUCCUCCCUGUGUGUGUGUGUGUGUGUGUGUGUGUGUGUGUGUGUGUGUGUGUGUGUGUGUGUGUGUGUGUGUGUGUGUGUGUGUGUGUGUGUGUUCCCGUCUCUCCCUCCUAGCUCUCAGUGGCGGUGUGUAUCGGUGUUGUGAUCGCCUGGAGCCCGUACGCCUUCGUCUCCAUGUGGGCGGCAUUCGUUAACUCGGCAGAGGUCCCUCCCUUUGCUUUUGCUGUAGCGGCCAUCUUUGCCAAGUCCUCCACCCUCUACAAUCCUAUCGUGUACCUGGUCUUCAAACCCAACUUCCGCAGGUCCCUCUGCCGGGACUGGCUGGCCUGCCGACGGACCCUAUGUGCGUGUUUGUGCUCGCACAGCUCAAACCAGAAGGUGUCCUGUACACAGUCCCAGCAGCAUGGGAAGGAGGAAUGUAACUUGACGCGGCGGUCCAAUGGAUUGCCGGAGAACCAUAGGGGAACAUGCAGGCACUGUCCAUGCCCAGAGAGAGACACUGGUUCUGGGGGAUACGGCCCAGAGACUACCCCUCAGAGGACUGCAAGGAUUCUGCAGGGGUCCACACAUAGCGAAGUGGCUGUUAGUCAGCUGUCCAAUGAGAUGCAGAGCGACUUCCUCUGA